UAGGCAUGAAUUAUCGCGAGAGAUGUAUAAAUAAUUGAAAUUCAGGUGGGAUAGCAAGGAGUCAGUUCGUUAGACUUUUAACGGAAGCGUCACCAUGAACUUCCUUCUUUGCGAACAUUAAAGUAAAAAAGCGGAAUAAAUAAAGGCGAAUAUUUUCACAUCUUUUGACUGAAUAAUCAGAUAUAAAUUAAUUCAAUGCAGUAUUAAACUCAUUUGACUUUGGUAUAAAGUUCAGAAAACAAAUUAACAUUACAUUGCAAAAAUGGCAACGUACGAAACAAAUGUUGCAGAGAUUUCUCCGGAACUGCGUUACGAUUCCGGAUAUUCAUCGGCAUUUGAACCCAACCCAGGUCCGGCUUCAAAUGGACUUGCUUACCAGGAGUAUGACUGGACACAGCCGCAGGACGCCAUCUACAACAGUUCGCGAAGCAUGUAUCAAAUGCAUGACACCAUGGAACAGCCGCACGGACAUUAUCUAAGUUAUUCUGGGAUUCCGCAGCCGGACUUAGGCAUGAUGGGAACGUCGUACAUUUCUCCGUCAGAUAUGACGUUCGGAACACCGUUAACGCACAUGCCGUACCCAGGACACGAAGCGUACUACUCACAACCUUAUAAUACGAUAUCUCCUUCAAGUACAAGCAGUAAUUCCUCAACUGGAUCGACGUCGGUGGGAAUAAAUGGACAAAAACCAAAACGUAAACGUGUGCAGUCUAUGCCGCAACGUAAAGCGGCGAACGUAAGGGAACGUCGACGUAUGUUUCACCUAAACGAAGCGUUUGAUGAGCUCCGUAAGCGACUUCCGGCGUUCAACUAUGAAAAACGCUUAUCAAGGAUCGAAACGUUACGGCUUGCUAUGACGUAUAUCGCGUUUAUGAAAGACGUCUCCGACGGCAAAGAACCGGACAAUGUUGAACUUUUAAGAAUACAACGUAAAUCAGAACAACAGUUUGGGGAUGACAGCCAGGACAGCGAAUGAAGAGGGCAGUUUUUACGAGAACUUACGCUUAUGUCAGUGCUAAAGUAACACUUUAAUUUAAGGAGCUUGUUUGAAUGGCUUCUCGCUCAUUGGUCAGUAUUUGCAGUUAAUAGUGCUUUGAUUGUCUGCUGUAAACCACUAAUGAACAUGCUCAAGUUUGUGACAAUUUUCUUGUGUAUCAAGAUAAUGUUAUUGACUAAUCCACGCAAUUUUUGCCAUACACGUUUAACGUUACUGUUUAUUUGCGGAAAAGUGCAAUGUGAUAAAAUGUGUUCAUACAUAUGUUUAUUAUAUUAUAUAUUUGUAAAUAAUGUUUAUUAAUGCAGAAUAUUCUGUGUGCAAGGUAUUACAAUUGAUGUGUUCAAAACUUACCAUAUGCAUUCCAUAUUUUAUUUAAUAUUUUAAUAUUUUGAAGGUAUUCUAUAACAAUGGCCACAUUUUUACUGUAUUUCUUUUACAUGUUUUGCUCCAUUUUUAUUUCGUUUCUUUUUGUAUGUACUUUAAACAAAGCAAUAUUUUAAAACCAAUGAAAGUUGUUCAGCAUAUUACGAUACCAUUUUUAUUAUUUUGUCAUGUAUCAUGGAAAAAUAUUAUGAAGUAUGCAAGUGUCUUCCGUCAUAAACUGUUUAUAUUGCUACCUUUGGAUUUUGUUUUCUUUUGGGUUUGCAGAUGCCAUUUUUGUCAAUAAAUUUUCAGACAAAACUGU